UUGAAAGACAUUUUAAAGGUCACAAAGAUGUUGUGUCCUGUGCCGACUUCAGCCCCAAUAAUAAACAGCUUGCUACUGGAUCCUGUGACAAGAACCUUAUGAUCUGGAACCUCACUCCUAAAGCCAGAGCAUUCAGGUUUGUGGGUCACACAGAUAUCAUAACAGGUGUCCAUUUUUCUCCAAGUGGUUCCUUGGUGGCAUCUUCAUCCAGAGAUCAAACAGUUCGACUGUGGACGCCCAGCAUAAAGGGCGAGUCGACUGUGUUCAAAGCUCACACAGCGAGCGUUCGAAGCGUUCAGUUCUCCAGCGAUGGCCAAAGGCUGGUCACGGCUUCAGAUGACAAGUCUGUGAAAGUGUGGGGUGUUGAAAGGAAGAAAUUCCUCUAUUCUCUCAACCGGCACACCAACUGGGUGCGCUGUGCGAGGUUUUCUCCAGAUGGUCGUCUUGUUGCUUCCUGUGGUGAUGACAGGACGGUUCGCCUCUGGGAUACAUCCUCGCGUCAGUGCAUCAACAUUUUCACAGACUACGAAGGGUCAGCAACGUUUGUGGACUUCAAUUCUAGUGGCACGUGCAUUGCAUCAUCAGGAGCGGACAACACAUUGAAAAUCUGGGAUAUUCGUACAAACAAAUUAAUACAACAUUACAGAGUUCAUAGUGCACGGGUCAACUGCUUUUCCUUUCAUCCAUCCGGAAACUAUCUGAUCAGCGGUUCAAGUGACAGUACAAUGAAGAUCUUAGACCUGCUGGAGGGGAGGCUCAUUUACACCCUUCACGGCCACAAGGGUCCAGUGCUGGCUGUGGCGUUCUCUCGAGACGGAGGUCUGUUUGCUUCAGGAGGUGCUGAUUCUCAGGUUCUGAUGUGGAAGACCAACUUCGAUUCACUGAAUUACAGAGAUCUGUUGAGCAGGCACAGCAAACGAGUCACUCCGGAUCCACCUCCACACCUGACGGACAUUUACCCUCGAGCACCUCACCCACACAAUGCUCAGAAUGGCACAGUAGAGAUUAAUCCCAUUGUUGCUGAUACUCAGUCUGGUGACCCAGAGGUGGUUGAAGUGGGACGUGUUCUUUUCUCCACAGCGGAUGUAAGAAGCCAUGACAGAGCAACAAGUGGCAGAGAACAGCCCAUCUCAGGUCCAUUUCGAACUCGUAUGCGACACAGAGAAGAGGAGGAUGAAGACCAAGAAGAAAGGUUUGCUGGCAGCAUGACAGCAUCUAGAGAGGAGCGUUCGGGUAUCCCAUCGAGCAUUACUAGCACUCUGGAGAACAUUGUGCAGCAGUUGGACAUCCUGACCCAGACGGUUGCCGUCCUCGAGGAGCGACUUACUCUGACUGAAGACAAAUUGAGGACAUGCUUGGACAACCAGGUCCUGCUUCUGCAACAGAGGCAGCAAGUGGAUGGGUCAGACGAGGAAGCCGAGGGUCCGUCUGUGUGAUGGAUACCCAACCACGGUGGUCCUCACUUCAGUGGUAACUUCCUCUGGCCUGCAGUAGAGGACAUGCCAAAUCCCUCUUUUUUUAUUCUUUAAGCUUAAAGACUUCCAGCUGUGUCAUUCCGAGUAAGAACAUUGGACUUAACAAUGCAAAAAAAAAAAAAAAAGGACACAAGAUGAAAAGACACAAAGCAGGGUAAGGGAGGGGCUUGAGGGGAUUUGAGGGGUCAUACAGCAUUCUCACCCAAAAGUCAUGUUAAGAGGACAGCUGCAGCUAAGACAACAUCCCGGUCAUGUUUUGACAGCUGCAAGCAAGACAUCAGGAAAGAGACUGAUAGAACAGACAAACAUGCACAGAUUUUUACAGUAUCAGGAUUGGGUUGUGUCUGCUGCAUCACAUGUAUUAUGUAAAUAUAGACCAUUAUGAAUGAA